UCCAAUGGUAUAUUAGUUCAUAAUUGUUUGGCCAAAUAAGGUAAAGGAUAUGCUGAUGUUGACACAAAAUGUGCAGUGGUUUGGACAAAAAACACACAACUCCAAUCUUACAUUUCGUGCUCACUCAGUACAUCUGUUACAUUGGACAUAUUUACACACCAAUGUAAUAUAUUUGGAUGCAUCUCUUCUUUUCAACUCUCAAAGACCGUGGUGGAGAAUCCAACAAUGCAGACCAUGGAUAUUGAUAAAGACACAUAUGCCAACAAGCCCAGAAAAAAGGAUUACAUUGGUGUUACAUUUUCAGCUAAUUUUCAGUGGUGGAAGAGACCAUCCGGAGUUGCUGCAGUGUGUCUGGGGCUGCUGUGUGUUCUCCUACUGGCUGGGAUCAUAGGCCUGUCUGUCUACUAUAACCGAAUCAUUGGUCAUUACUACUCUGCAGAGAGAUUCCAGACGUCCAGUUUGAACAACCUGACUAAAGAGAGAGACCAGCUAAAGACCAGUUAUAACACCCUGACUAAAGAGCGAGACGAGCUACAGACCAGAUACAACACCCUGACUAAAGAGAGAGACCAGCUACAGACCAGAUACAACACCCUGACUAAAGAGAGCGACCAGUUACAGAACCGUUACAACAACCUUACUAAAGAGAGAGACCAGCUACAGACCAGAUACAACACCCUGACUAAAGGAAGAGACCAGCUACAGACCAGAUACAACAACCUGACUAAAGAGAGAGACCCGCUACAGAACAGUUACAACACCCUGACUAAAGAGAGAGACCAGCUACAGACCAGUUACAACAACCAGACUAAAGAGAGAGACCAGCUACAGACCAGAUACAACACCCUGACUAAAGAGAAAGACCAGUUAAGGACAAGUUCUAACACCCUAACUAAAGAGAGAGACCAGUUACAGACCAGUAGUAACACCCUGACUAAAGAGAGAGACCAGUUACAGACCAGUUACCACACCCUGACUAAAGAGAAAGACCAGCUACAGACCAGUUAUAACACCCUAACUAAAGAGAGAGACCAGUUACAGACCAGUUACCACACCCUGACUAAAGAGAAAGACCAGCUACAGACUAGUUACAACACCCUGACUAAAGAGAGAGACCAGCUACAGACCGGUUACAACACCCUGACUAAAGAGAGAGACCACUUGAAGGAAGAGCUAAACAAACAGAGCAGUGGAUGGCAGAAGUUUGAGUCCAGUUGGUACUACCUCUCUACUGAGAAGAAAUCCUGGACAGAGAGCAGGCAGGACUGUCUGAAGCGAGGAGCACACCUGGUGAUCAUUAACAGCAAAAAGGAACAGGAAUUUAUCCAUGAAUGGAGUGGAUGCCUGGACAUCUAUCUUGGUUUCCAUGACACCAAUACAGAGGGGGUUUGGGAGUGGAUUAACGAUGGCGCAUUAGGCCAAUCAUCAGCACCUGGCACUACGUAUUGGAGGGAUGGGGAACCAAAUGAUGCAGAUCAGGGUGAAGACUGCGCUCAACUCUCAAAGAAGGUAUCAGACCCACUAAAGAGUUGGAACGACGUACCAUGCACAACGACCCUCCACUGGAUGUGUGAGAAGACACCGUCCACAUUCCAGUCUCUACAGAUCUACUGUCUUAGACCUGAGGAGCAGAGCACCAUGGUUGUGUCCAAGGCCUGGACGUUACACCAGCACUUCCAGGGUUUCCCCAAGGCUAGUGACUUCCAUCUGAGGGAGGAGACGCUGCCGCAGCCCAGGGAUGGACAGGUGCUGUUGGAGGCUGUGUUCCUCAGUGUGGACCCUUACAUGAGACCCUACAGCCAGACGAUGAUGAAGGAGGGAGACGUGAUGAUUGGAUCACAAGUUGCCAAGGUGAUCCAAAGCUAUAACCCCAGCUUCCCAGUCGGCUGCCAUGUGGUCAGUGAUUGUGGAUGGAGGAGUCACUGGGUGUGUGAUGGGGCAGAGCUGACCCCUGUGCUGCCAGACUGGCCCCAGGACAUCCCCCUCUCCCUGGCCCUGGGGGCCAUCGGCAUGCCUGGUCUGACAGCUCUCUAUGGACUAGAGGAGGUGUGUGAGAUAAAGAAGGGGGAGACUCUUCUGGUGAACGCUGCAGCAGGAGCCGUGGGCUCAGUGGUGGGACAGAUCGCCAAGAUCAAGGGCUGCAGAGUGGUGGGCUGUGCGGGGACAGAUACCAAGGUGUCCUAUCUAAAGCAGCUGGGUUUUGACCAGGUCUUCAACUACAAGACUGUCACCUCUCUGGAGGAAUCACUCAGGGAGGCCGCGCCACACGGAUACGACUGCUACUUUGAGAACGUUGGUGGGAAGUUCUCCAGUGUAGUGAUGCCUCAGAUGAGAGAGUAUGGCAGAAUAGCUGUGUGUGGAAGCAUCUCCAUGUACAACGACACCACACCGCAGACAGGUAUACUGUCCACACCACAGACAGGUAAACUGUCCACACCGCAGACGGGUAUACUGUCCACACCGCAAACGGGUUUACUGUCCACACCGCAGACGGGGCCGUAUGUACACACCUAUAUGAUCUUCAAACAGCUGAGGAUGGAGGGCUUCCUGUGUGCUCGCUGGAAACACAAACACCAGCAGUCACUGAGGAGGCUGAUGGCCUGGAUGACUGAGGGCAAGCUGAGAUGCAAUGAACACAUCACCAGUGGUUUCAACAACAUGCCUGCUGCCUUCAUGGGCAUGCUACAGGGGGACAACAUCGGCAAGGCUGUGGUCAAGGUGUGAUGAUGUCACAAUCACAUCAACAUUACACUCUUCCAGAACAUCUGGCUGAAGCAUUCCAGAAUACUCCAGGUUCUAGAAUCGGAAUCGGUUUUUUUAUUCAACAUUCCAAAUCCUUCCUGAAUAAUACACUCUAGUGUUCAACAUACAGCUACAGGUUUUGGUCCAGUGUAAUUCAACAUACAGCUAGACAGGUUUAGGUCCAGUGUAAUUCAACAUACAGCUAGACAGGUUUAGGUCCAGUGUAAUUCAACACACUGCUAGACAGGUUUAGGUCCAGUGUAUUUCACCAGACAGCUAGACAGGUUUAGGUACAGUGUAAUUCAACAGACAGCUAGACAGGUUUAGGUCCAGUGUAUUUCAACAGACAGCUAGACAGGUUUAGGUCCAGUGUAAUUCAACAGACAGCUAGACAGGUUUAGGUCCAGUGUAAUUCAACAGACAGCUAGACAGGUUUAGGUCCAGUGUAAUUCAACAGACAGCUAGACAGGUUUAGGUCCAGUGUAAUUCAACACACAGCUAGACAGGUUUUGGUCUAGUGUAAUGACAUUAACUAAAUAAAACAUGUCUUCACAAUACAAUGUU